UCGCGAGACUACAACUCCGCUUCGCGCAACACCAGCGUCAAGUACGGCGAGACGGUGGCCAAGUUAUUUGGCUACAGUGCCGACGAGCUGGCCAACAUACCCCAGGACGCCAACCUUGGCCUGAGUUGCGGCAAGCCACUGUCUAUUGCCAGUUUGAAGGAGGGCGAGACCGUCAUCGACCUCGGCAGCGGCGCCGGCUUCGACGCCUCAACCAAAGUCGGCCCCUCAGGUCGCGCAAUCGGCAUUGACAUGAUCGAUGACAUGCUCGCCCGCGCGAAUCAGAUCCUCUCCACCUCCACGUCCCCAACCAAAUCCAACAUCACCUUUCUCAAAGCCAACAUCACCUCCCUGCCGGUGCCGCCUGAUACGGUGGACUGCGUCAUAUCCAACUGUGUCAUCAACCUAGUCCUUGCCGCCGACAAGCCCGCCGUGAUUGCCCGAAUGUACCGCGUUCUGAAGCCUGGCGGACGGGUCGCCGUGUCGGAUAUCAUCGCCAAGAAAGCGCUGCCGGAGGGGUUGAAACGGUAAAUGGCACUUUAUGUGGGGUGUAUUGCUGGGACGAGUGAAGUGGAUGGAUAUGAAGGGUGGCUGAAGGCGGUUAAGGUUUAUGAGGUGGUGACUGUGGAUACAGGUGCGGAUUUGAAUGUCUACUUGGAGACGGGCCAAGAUGGUGAGAAUAAAGGAGGUUGCUGCGCGCCAGCUGAUGCACCGGCUGAGGCGUGUGGGAAGUCCACUGAGAUGGCGAGCAGUGGAUGCUGUGUUCCCAAGGGAGUAACAGCUGGCAAGAUGGAUCUCAAUGAGUUUGUUGGUAACGUGAGUGAAUGUUCCAGACAUCAAGGAUUCAGAAUUCAGACAUUGAAA